CCAAGCCGAGUUCCGGAAGUGACAUGGCCGCCUCCUUGGUCGAAGCUUUCAUUUCUGCUGUCUCCGCUUAGUCUUGGGUGUUUGCUUUGUGCGGUUUUUACUGUGUGUCCGCCCUUUUCACCGGGUCGCAGUCGCGUGGAGAUCAGCAUGGGCACCGUCCACGCCAGGAGCCUGGACCCUCUGCCCAUGCAGGGUCCUGAGCUGGGAGUUCACGCUGACGACAUUGAGCCUCCUGAAAUCGAGCAGGAGCCCAAGCAGGAAAUUCUGGAAAACAAGGAUGUGGUAGUCCAAAGGGUGCACAUAGAUGGGCUCGGGAGGACCAAGGAGGACCUGCUGUCUUAUGAAAUCUCAGAUGUUUUCCGCGCAAGGAAUUUAAUCGAUGUGAUGAAACGAUCUCACGAAGCCAGGCAGAAGCUGCUCCGUCUCGGAAUCUUCCGUAAAGUCGAAGUUGUUAUUGACACCUCCAGAGGUGAUGACGCUCUUCCCAACGGCCUCGACGUGACAUUCGAGGUCAUUGAGCUGAGGCGGAUUACAGGCAGUUACAACACUAUGGUCGGGAACAAUGAAGGAAGCAUGGUGCUGGGAAUGAAGUUGCCCAAUGUUUUUGGCCGGGCCGAGAAGGUAACCUUUCAGUUCUCGUACGGCACCAAAGAGACUUCCUAUGGCCUUUCCUUUUUCAAACCUCAAGUGGGGAACUUUGAACGCAACAUCACACUCAACGCCUACAAAGUAACCGGUCAGUUUCCCUGGAGUUCGCUGAGGGAGACGGAUCGAGGCGUCUCCGCCGAGCUGAACUUCCCUGUGUGGAAGACCAACCAAACCUUGAAAUGGGAAGGCGUGUGGAGAGAUUUGGGAUGUCUGGCUCGCACCGCCUCCUUUGCUGUCCGAAAAGAGAGUGGACAUUCUCUCAAGUCGUCACUUGCGCACGCCAUGGUCAUUGACACCAGAAACUCCUCCAUCCUGCCCAGGAAAGGCGGCCUGUUGAAAAUCCAUCAGGAGCUCGCCGGUUACACGGGUGGAGAUGCCAGUUUCCUGAAGGAGGACUUUGAGAUCCAGCUCAAUAAAAGCCUCUUCUGGGACUCUGUUCUGUCUGCCUCCUUGUGGGGCGGUUUGCUGCUGCCUAUUGGUGAAAAGCCAACAAGCAUAGCAGACAGGUUCUAUCUGGGCGGUCCCACCAGUGUUCGUGGUUUUAGCAUGUACAGCAUGGGCCCACAGAGUGAAGGUAUGACAGGCGAUUACCUGGGAGGAGAAGCCUACUGGGCAGGAGGCCUUCACCUCUACACUCCGCUGCCCUUCCGGCCAGGCAAGGGAGGCUUCGGUGACCUCUUCCGAACGCAUUUCUUCCUCAACGCCGGGAAUCUUUGUAACCUCAACUAUGGGGAGGGCCCUCAAGCACAUUUGAAGAAACUAGCAGAGUGCAUCCGCUGGUCGUAUGGACUUGGCAUUGUGUUGCGUUUGGGCAACAUUGCCAGACUGGAGUUGAACUACUGCAUUCCCAUGGGAGUCCAGAGUGGAGACAGGAUAUGUGAUGGAGUCCAAUUUGGAGCAGGAAUACGCUUCCUCUGAAGCCACAAAUCUCCGAUACAUAGGAGCGCCACCGUAAUGUUGUUGAAAGGGAAGAUUGCUUGUAGUAGAUGUUUGUUAGCAACUUAUCACUUCAACAAUAAACGUGUUUGCACUGAAA